UGAUAUAGGCAUGACCCAGAACAGCGGAGACAGCGGCUUGUGCUUUGAGAUCUGGUUCAGAAAGAGGAAAAGCCAGGACACGUACACGCUGCAGGCAGGCAGCCGGGAGGCGAAGGAGGCCUGGACCAAGGACUUGGAGCGGAUCCUGUGGGAGCAGGCCAUACACAACAGAGAGGUUCGCAUGCAGGAGAGAGUGUUCCUGGGAAUUGGAAACAAGCCGUUCAUGGACAUCCAGCCCAGUGAGGCAGCUAUCAGUGACAGAGCCAUCAACUGUGUGCUGAUGGGAAGAGAAACCAAGCUGCUGCCCUCUGUGAGGUCGUGCGGGUCACACGGUGAGCUCCCAGCAGGCCGACCAAAAUCGGUUGGUUCAGGCAGUAGCUCUUCAUCCUCCUCUUCCUCUGGUCGAGGCUCCAUGUCCCCUGUCGGAUACGAGCGUGGGCCGAAGAGGAGGGUGGUUUCAGCGGGUCUUCCAGGAUACGUGUCGCCCCCCGGCGCUCUGGAGGAGGACGACACGGACCAGGAGAGCGGACACCAGAACUUAUUGUUAGACAGCUCCGAGUCUUCAGGAGAGAGUGUGAGCGGCUUCAGCAGCUCCAGCCACAGCUACCACUCAGCUGUGGGAGAAAUGGAGGACAACGCCUCCGUCUGCGCCUCGAUAAUCACCGUCAAAGAGGUCGGGGCUGCUCAGGCCUCUGAAGCCUCCCCCGGCAUCCCAAAACCAGACGCUGUGCCAGGAUCUGCGGGGGAACACCAACCACAAGUUGCACCUACGCUUCAAAACAAACACCAGAACACGGAUACGCCUUUCUGCAAGGCUCAGAGCACAGAUAUUAAGUCCACAGAGGUUUGACCUGUGACAAGUGGCACGGUGGGAAGUAAAUAUGGCACCUUUUUGAACUAGAAUCAAACUUUACAAGCGACUCACAUUUGAUAAAAGUAAUCUUUUGCUCUGUUUUGUUUUUGUUAAUGUUUUUUUAGAACCUUGAAAUAAAAGAGAAGCCUGUUUGUGAGAGAAGCCAUAAGAGGAAAAUAUCCUGCAAAACUCCAAGCUGUCCUUGUAGAGAAGUGUUACCAGAUUGUAAAUAAAGUUCUUUUUUAUUUUCACCACUAAACCAACAGGUCAGAUGUGUUUUAAUGGAUCUAGAUUAUGAACAGAAAGAGGGAUCAUUUUGACGUUGAAACAAUUUGAUGUAAUUUCUGGUUUUACAGUUCAAACUAUGAAACAUGCAGUCUUUGUGUGACUUGUUCAUAAUUAAUGCAGUAAUUCAUUAAUACUGUAGUUUGGAAACUGGUAAUAAAUGUCUUUAAUACUAAGUGUGUUGUCUUGUGUUCAAAACUGAAUUACUCAACACAACUCGAUGGCAACAGAUUGGUUCAUCUGAAACUAAAACAAGUGAUUUCUUAUAAUUAGCUUUGUAUGAAUGUUGUCAGUGAUAGGAACUAUUGAAGCUUCUUUAUUGAAAACAGUUUAAUUGUGGCGAGGCUUGUUUGCUUUUAUAUAUUUGUUUGUACACGUUUUUUCCUAUAAACUGAAUUGAACUGAAUUUGUUAUAAACCUAACCAUCACUGAUAGCCUGA